AUGCUAGAGUGGGAAGUCGCCGAACGUCAGGCGGCGUACUCCACAGGUUUCUUCUUCGUCGAGAAGUCGAAUGGCGUCAACCUGCGGCUCGUUUUUGAUACGCGGGUGGCCAACAUGUCCUUCCUUGCCCCUCCCUCUACGAGAUUGCCGACUCCGUCGGCAUGGAGUGCCCUCGAGGCGUCGACUGACUUCUACGUGGCGCAGGGUGACAUCCAGUGCGCCUUUUAUCACAUGAAGCUGCCGCCCCAGCUGCACCGAUACUUCUCCUUGCCAGUGGCCCCGAAUCGGUACGUGGGUCUCAAGGUGAUCAAUGGUGUCAGGAUCCCGACGAAGGCCUUUCUACAGCCGUUCGUGUCAGCGAUGCCGAUGGGUUGGUCGUGGGCUCUUCACUUCUGCCAGUCGGCUUUAACCGCGGCCAUUCGCGACGCGGGGAUCGAUGACGAUGCGAUGCUGGUGGGCGGUGCAGCACCUCGUCCUCUGCGAAACGACACCGACGUCAUCGCAGCGGGUUGCGUGGACAACUUCGCCACCGUGUCUCUCGAUCCAGAGGUUGCCACCGUUUCGUGCCAGGCCAUCCGCGACGUGCUGGUGGCGAGGGGCCUGCCCGUGGACGAGUUCGCCCCCGCGGCGCCUCGCGUCAUCUUCACAGGCCUCGACAUCCUGGGCGACGUGGGCGUCAUCAGGUGCAAGGUGGACCGGUUGUGCAGGCUGCGCCAGGCCCUCCUCGGUCUACUCCGACGAGGCUAUGCAUCGCCGCUUGCGCUGUCCGCCGUGGUCGGUCAUUGCACCUGGGGGAUGAUCACCAACAGGCCCAUGCUGUCGAUCUUCCAUGCAGUCUACCGCUUCAUGGGUCAGGACUCCCGUCGGGCUUUGCCGCUGUGGCCGUCAGUCGUCGCUGAGCUCCGUGCUGCUGCCUCCCUCAUCCCUUUGUGGUGGGCUGAUGUCAGGGCGAAGUGGGCGGCCACCACUUUCUGCAGCGACGCCUCUCCCUACGGCAUUGGCGUCUGUCGCAAGACCGUUGAGCAGGACGUGGCUGCAGCCGCAGGGCGAUUGUCGGAGAGAUGGCGCUACCGCUUCUCCGAUGCCGUGCGCGCUCGUGCGCACGCUUUGGGAGUCGACCCGAAUGUUGUGUUGGAAGCGGCCGCGAGCAAAAACUGCCUCAAAGAUUGCGAGCAGUGCCCGAGGGGCGUUCUGGCGCCCGAGGGCUUCGUGAUCCGCUACGUCGCCUCUGCGCCCUGUCGGCAGCCUCAGGCAUUCGUCACGCAGUGCGAUGCUUCGACAUCGACGGAGCUGAGGACCAAGACGCCGCCAAAGCCAGAACGGCUCGGGCAGGCAGCGCUCUCGGUCGUCGAGUCAGCCGCCGCGUCGGACACGACCAUGGUCAACGACUGGGGCGAAGUCAAGAAGUUCGAGGAGUGGAGCCGUCAGACGCCCCAGACCAUCACCACAGCGGCGGAGGUCGUUGUCAUCCUAGUUACCUACUUCGUGAACCUCUUUCUGGUCAGUUUCGACGAUGCUACGGGCCGAGUCGUGCUCGCCUCAGUGAAGCACUACCUGCGCCCGCCUAUGGCGGGCACGGCGCUGUCCACGGGCGCGGCUCGCGCCUUGACAGGAUGGCGGAAGCUCGCGCCCCCGCAGAUGCGACCCUCUCUUCCACGGGCGGCGAUGGCCUCCAUGGUGGGCGUCCUCGGUUCGUGGAAGCUCUUCGGCAUGGCAGUGUUCAUCAGGCUGAUGAUCGACACCUACCCGACGACCAACGCGGCCUAUCGCCU